GUCAGUUCAGUUUCUCGAUUCCAGUUCAACGGAGCCUACACUGCGUUCACUUUUUUAAUAAAAAACUAGAUUUUUUUAUUUUAUUUUUUCAUUAUUCCAGUGUCUAGGAGUUGUUCUGGUUAGCUUCCCCCCACUCGGUCGCGUUACUAAAUUGUUGUAUAGUACUGCCCAACACUCUCUGUAAUACGUGCAAAUCUCCAGCGAAGUUUAUCUAAAUUGCAACUGAAAAUGACUCGAUCGCAAGUGGCCUCCUGUCUGCGCCGAACCACGCUGGGAUUAUUCAGGUGCCAGAAGGCACUCAUAUUCUCCAAAGGACCAAGCUUUCAACAGGUGAGAUGCAAGAGCGAGGAUGGCGGCUGCAACACCUGUAACCUGCAGGGCGUGGUGGUCGGUCUGUAUGCCAAGGACGGUGAGAAGGGACUGAAGCUGUCGCCCGGCGGCGAGAAGUUCGACGAUCGUGUGAGCGGCAAGAUCACGGAGUUGAUCAAGGAGUCGGGACUGAAUGGGGAGCUGGGAGUGGGUCGGCUGUAUCAGAAUGUGGACAAGGAGUUCUGGGCCGUGGCGGUGGUGGGCCUGGGCAAAGAGGGGGCCGGCUUCAAUGCCGAGGAGGUCCUCGACGAGGGCAUGGAGAACGUGCGCGUGUGUGCCGCCGUGGGCGCCCGAGCCCUCCAGAUGCAGGGCUGCACCACGUGCCAUGUGGACGGCAUGGAGUACCCGGAGCAGGCGGCCGAAGGAGCUGCCAUGGCCGUGUGGCGGUACAAUGUGAAUAAGCGCAAGAAGAACCGCGUCGCCAUACCGAAACUGGAGCUCUAUGGCUCCACUGAUCAGGAUGCGUGGACCAGGGGCCUGUUUAAGGCCGAGUCACAGAAUCUGGCCCGCCGCCUGGCUGACACGCCGGCCAACCAGAUGACUCCCUCCAUUUUUGCCCAGGCCACCGUGGAUGCCCUGUGCCCGUGUGGCGUCUCCGUGGAGGUGCGCUCGAUGGACUGGAUCGAGUCGCAGAAUCUCAACUCCUUUCUCAUGGUGGCGAAGGGCUCGUGCGAGCCGCCCAUUAUCCUGGAGGUCAGCUAUUGCGGCACUUCGCCGGAGGAGCGGCCCAUCCUGAUGCUGGGCAAGGGCCUGACCUUCAACAGCGGCGGCCUGUGCCUGCACCCGAAGAAGGGCAUGGACGAGUACCGGGGCGCCGUGUCCGGGGCCGCAGUCUGUGUGGCUGCCAUUCGAGCCGCCGCUGCCCUUUCGCUGCCCAUUAAUGUAUCGGCAGUGCUGCCCCUUUGCGAGAGCAUGCCGUCGGGAAUGGCCACCAAGCCGGGCGAUGUGGUCACCCUGCUCAAUGGCAAGACCAUGCGCAUCAAGGACAUGUCCCUGGCCGGAACCGUCCUUCUGGCCGAUCCCCUGCUCUACGCCCAGUCCACAUUCAAGCCCAAACUGGUGGUGGAGGUGGGCUCGAUGGCCAGCGGCAUUCGCAAAGGUCUGGGAGCCUCGGCCACCGGCCUGUGGACUAACAACUCCUUCUUGUGGAAGAACUUCCAGAAGGCCGGAGCUCUCACCGGCGAUCGACUGUGGCGCAUGCCCCUAUGGAGGUAUUUCCGCAACCUAGUCGCCCCACUCUCCGCCUACGACAUCUGCAACCGGGGCAAGGGGCAUGCCACAUCCUGCCUGGCGGCUGCCAUUCUGUUCGAACUGGUGCCCUGCUCCGACUGGGUCCACCUGGACACCCACGGCACCGGAAUGCUGGCCCAGCACGGAGUGCCUCCGUAUCUGCUCAAGGACUGCAUGACAGGACGUCCCACGCGGUCCAUCAUCCAGUUCCUCUACCAGAUGGCCUGCAAGUGAUGCAUCUUCGACCUCCUUCGAGUACCUGACGAACGGUCCCAGGGAUCCCGACAUACGUGUCUGUAAAUUCAGAGUCCUUAAUGUGUGUCACUUGUUACUUAUUAUCCAUAUGACGUCCCAAGUUUUGGGUUAAUUCGUAGUCGGUAUGGUGUUAAGCCUCUACUUAAAAAGAGAUUUGAUUCUGUGGUCAGUAUCGUUGUAAACUGAAAUAAAUUG